CCGCCGGGCUCUUUGUUAGCGCGCACCCUGCCCGGGGCGGCCGCCGAGGGGUGCCGGGGAGCCGCCGCUCGGGGCGGGACCUCGCGAGCCGCCGGGGCCACAGAGUGCCGCGGAGGGCCCCGGCAGCGGCGUCUGGGCUGCAGCCCCGAAGUAUGCGGAGGGCCCCCGGGCGGCCCAGGGCGCCCCGCGCAAGUUUGGCGGCGUCGGAGGCUGCGCGCCCGGCCGUGCGCGGGGACUGAGGCGGCCCCGCUUUUGUGUCUCGCGCCUCCCGUGGAUGCCGCGUCGGGCCAGCUCCUGCGGCGGCCACUGCUGAGGAGCCCGGCCGGGCCGAGGGGUGACGGCGGCCACGGCGCGGGGGCCCGGCGGGACCAUGGGGAACGGCGUGUGCUCCCGCAAGCAGAAGCGGAUCUUCCAGACGCUGCUGCUGCUGACCGUGGUCUUCGGCUUUCUCUACGGCGUGAUGCUGUACUACGAGCUGCAGACGCAGCUGCGCAAAGCCGAGGCGGUGGCGCUCAAGUACCAACAGCACCAGGAGUCCCUGUCCGCCCAGUUGCAAGUUGUGUAUGAACACAGAUCAAGAUUAGAAAAGUCACUGCAAAAGGAAAGACUUGAACAUAAGAAAGCCAAGGAAGAUUUUCUUGUUUAUAAGUUAGAAGCACAAGAAACCCUAAAUAAAGGAAGGCAAGAUUCCAACAGCAGAUACAGUGCAUUGAGUGUACAACAUCAAAUGCUGAAAAGCCAACACGAGGAGCUGAAGAAACAGCACAGUGACCUGGAAGAGGAGCAUCGCAGGCAGGGGGAGGACUUCAGCAGGACGUUCAGUGACCACAAGCAGAAAUACUUGCAGCUUCAGCAAGAAAAGGAACAAGAACUUUCUAAACUGAAAGAAACGGUGUACAAUUUGAGAGAAGAGAACAGACAGCUGAGGAAGGCGCACCAGGACAUACACACACAGCUCCAGGACGUCAAGCAGCAGCAUAAGAACUUACUCUCGGCCCAUGAGCAGCUAGUAGUGACGCUGGAGGACCACAGGAGCGCACUGGCUGCCGCACAGACUCAAGUGGCCGAAUACAAACAGCUGAAAGACACUCUGAAUAGGAUUCCAAGCUUCCGAAAGCCCGAGCCAGCAGAAGCGCAGCACAGGAGCCCUACCCAGGCGGGCGGUUCUCAGCAGGGCUACCAGGCAGCUAGAGAGAAGCCGACCUCAGAGCCGCGGCAGGGGUCUCGACAUAACGCUGUGUGGCAGAAGCAGGAAGCUGUUCCUGGAAGAAUAGAAGACAUGAACUCCAUUUCUCCCACCAAGAAGGAGGCGGAGGGUCAGGCUCCUGUUGGCCCAGACCGGCAAGAAGUGGACCCGAGAGAAGCCGAGGAGCAUCGGGCAGAAGAGGAGCACCAGAAAGCCCUGGCGGAAGAGGAGAUGGAGCAGGUCGGGCAGGCGGAGCGGCUGGAGGAGGAGCAUGACCCGUCCCCUGAGGAGCAGGGCCAGGAGUGGCGAGAACAGCGAGGGGAGGUGGCUGCUGGCCUGCGGGAGAGGCAUGCUGCUCAGGUGCCCCCGUCAGACCAGGCCAUGACCAGAUUGCGAUCGCCGUAUGAGGAACAGUUGGAGCAGCAAAGGCUGGCGGCACGGCAGGCGGAGGAGGCGCAACAGCUACAGGAGCACCAGGAGGCCCUGCACCAGCAGCGGCUGCGGGAGCACUUGCUGCGCCAGCGGCAGCAGCAGCUCCUGGCCAGAGAAGUGGCCCGGCCAAGACAGGCACAGCAGGAAGAGCGUGGACAGCAGCCCCAGCAUCAGCUCCGGCCGCAGGUGCACUACGAGGCCAUGGACAAUGAUGUCGUUCAGGGAGCGGAGGACCAGGCCGCCCAGGAGGAGGAAGGAGGUGCCUACGAAAGAGACAACCCACACCAAGAUGAAGCGGAGGGAGAGCCAGGCACCAGACAGGAGCCCCGGGCACAGGCGCCCCGAGAAGCGGACCCUGACUCCGAAGCAGAUAGGGCAGCCGCAGAGGAUAUAAACCCAGCAGAUGACCCCAAUAAUCAAGGGGAAGAUGAAUUUGAGGAAGCUGAGCAAGUGAGAGAAGAAAAUUUACCAGAUGACAAUGAAGAGCACAAGCAGAGCAAUCAGAAGGAAGAGACUGUGGAGACAGAGGCCCAUCUGCGGGUGGCAGGAAAUCCUGACCAGCAGGAGGACAAUGCUGAUGAGCAGUAUCAGGAGGAAGGAGAGGAGGAGGUUCAAGAAGAUUUAACUGAAGAAAAGAAAAGAGAAUUGGAGCAUAAUGCCGAAGAGACCUACGGUGAAAAUGAAGAAAACGCGGAUGAUAACAACGAUGGAGAAGAGCCAGGGGGCCACAAUGACAAGCACCCCCAAGGCCGAGAGGGGCACUACGCGGUGGAGGAGGAGGAGGAGGAGGACGGGGCUGCCCUCGUGGGGAAGCCACGGCGAAGAGCUGAAAUGUAGCCGGGACUGCUUUCUGGACAGUGUCAGCCUGGGGUUCUUUUCAAGCUGCUCAAGAAUGAAUCUGCCUACUGAAUUCCAGUAUAUUUAAUUACAAACAAAAAAGAGAAGUUCGACUUUUUUAAACUUUUAUAUUAGAAAUACUCAUACAUUUAUAUGAAUAUAUUUUGAUAACUUAGGGUAGAGCCUCUUUUAUAAUAAAGCUAAAUAGGAACAAGAAGGGAACCAAACCGACCUUCAGCUCCGAGUCUGAUUUUUCAGAUCAUCGAGUUUGUGUAUGUUUUGACUUGU